UACUCAAAGUUAGUAAUGUGAUUGUUAUCUGCUUGUGCAGGGAAACUGGUGUCACGAAUAUAGGAAACUGAAGGCGAAGGUUGAGACAAUACAGAAAUGUCAAAAGCAUCUCAUGGGAGAGGAUCUUGAAUCUUUGAAUCUCAAGGAGUUGCAGCAACUGGAGCAGCAGCUGGAAAGCUCACUGAAAGAUAUCAGAUCCAGGAAGAACCAACUUAUGCACGAAUCCAUUUCUGAGCUUCAGAAGAAGGAGAGGUCACUGCAGGAGGAGAAUAAAGUUCUCCAGAAGGAACUUGUGGAGAAGCAGAAGGCCCAGGCGGCGCAGCAAGAUCAAACUCAGCCUCAAACCAGCUCUUCUUCUUCUUCCUUCAUGUUGAGGGAUGCUCCCCCUGCCGCAGAUACCAGCAAACACCCAGCGGCGAUAGGCGUGAGGGCAGAGGAUGUGGCAGUGCAGCCUCAGAUCCCACUCCGGACGGCGCUUCCACUGUGGAUGGUGAGCCACAUCAACGGCUGAAGGGCUUCCAGCCCAUGUAAGCGUACUAUUCAGUACGAGUAACAAGUUGCACCGGCCAGACUGGUGUAUCAUGCGGUUGCGAACACGCUAACCCCAUGGAGGGGAGAGGAAAAGAAAUCAGAGUAAAGUAGCAAGCUGCAGCAAUGUGUAUAUUUCACUUCGUCCACUUCAGUUUCCUUUCCACCUGGGCUGAGAUGGCUGUACGAGUAAAUUACCAUGUACUCUCUCCGUUCCAAAUAAGUGUCUUAAGCUUAGUAUAACUUUGUACUAGAGAUAGUACAAAGUUAAGAUAAUUAUUUUAAGACGGAGGGAGUAAUUUAUAUGUAGCAUGAGUGACGAAUUUUCAACUUUCCAUGAUACCCGUAGCUCCUGGGUGUUGUUUCUGUGAAUUAACCUAUCAAAUAUGAGGGUUGUGUAUACCGUGAUUCUUGAAAAUAAAUAAAUCAGGACCUUAUGUCUUCUU